AGGAUGUCUUGCUGUCAAAUCCGGAGCUGUUGUUGACUAUACACAAAUCUGACCAGGAACUCUUGCCGUUAGUUACUUUACUCAUUGAGUACUUCUGCAGAAGAGACGGAACAUCUGGAUGAUCAUGGAUGAAUUCACUCCUUUAGACUGUCUGCUGCCUACAGGCACACAGAAAAUAUGUCUGAUCAUUCUCAACCAGCCUUUGGAAAAAGACAGUCUUCACACACUCUGGAGUAAAGCUCUCCUGCGGGCAUGUGCAGAUGGUGCGGCCAACCACCUGUAUGACAUCACCGCUGGACAACAAGACAGUUUUCUUCCAGACUACAUCAGUGGGGACUUUGAUUCUAUUACUGCAGAGGUCAAAGCUUUCUACACAGAGAAGAAGUGUCGGUUGAUAGAGACCGCUGAUCAGGAGCUGACUGACUUCACUAAAUGUCUGGCCAUCAUGGUGGAGGAGAUCAAGAGAAAACAGCUUCAGGUGGAUACUAUAGUGACUCUGGGUGGUCUAGCAGGAAGAUUUGACCAGACCAUGGCUUCAGUAGAGACUUUGUACCACGCCCUCAAUAUGACAGAACUACCUCUGGUGGUUCUACAGGGAUGCAGUCUGGCCUACCUGCUACGACCGGACAUGAGACACAGGUUGGGAGUGAAUACAGGACUGGAGGGGGAAUGGUGCAGUCUAAUACCUAUAGGAGGACCAUGCAAAACACACACCACUGGACUCAAAUGGAACCUGGACAACCAGGUACUGCAGUUCGGGAAGCUGGUGAGCACAUCCAACACCUACGAGCCUGUCGCCCAGGGAGACCAGAGGAAGCCUGUAACCGUGACAACGGACCAGCCACUGCUCUGGAGCAUGGGCAUCUGCAGGGACAGGAAAUGACAUCAUCGACCAGGGUGCUCCACCUCUUUCCAGAAUGAACAAAUGGGUGUCAUUUAAAUAGGCUAAUGGCUUCCUCUCUCUCCCCAACUGGAAAUUCACACUUCUGCCUAGUUGAAAUAGUGUAAAAAUGCCUCUUUCCUUCCUUGGUGAAGGAAUCUCUGAACGGUCACAAGAGGAAGCCACUUUACAUUAUAGAUUCACCACUAGCCUAGAAAACUCUGUCCUGAUUCCAAACUGGAGACUUGUCCCUUCCCCUUAAAGACUAACCAUUGCAUAUCUGAGGUGGGGGUCAAAUCCAUACUUCUCAAGGGUGGAUUUUAGGGUGCAAGUCUACGGUUUGGAACUCAGCCCCAAUGUGCCUUCACCGUUGUCGCUUAACAAACAGAGAUACACAUUAUAUACAAGUCAAACAUAAGUUAAGCUGCGUAUUUCUUUGAUUUAUUAACACAGUCAAAUAAAAAUGCAAUGUUUUUAAAAAAUGGCAUCCCUUCACUAUCCUCCCACCACCACUUUUCCACAUUGCCCUGCUGCCAAAGGUCUCUGGUUAUUGUAGUUUUGUAGUAGUUCUGUAACAUCUCCAGAGGUUAAACCGCCCCUGAGAGAGAUAAGAGAACUCACAAUAACAGGGCCACACAGAGGCUAAUUCAGUUUCUCCCCUUUACCCAAAAGUAUACAAUCAUCCACACCUCUUAACUGUAGUGGCAGAAAUGCUAUAUGCCUUAUGAUUUAAAAUAGUGUGUUUCACGCAUUCCAUCAAAUCAAAUAGAACUGCAAAACAUAGUUUGAUAUUAUCGCAGACCUACAUGCAUCUAUGCACAUAUCUUGAUAACAAAUUAAUCAUAUAUGUGGAUCUUGUAGACAGGUAGCAUUAGUGCACUUUAGAACACUGUAGUCAAAUCACCCUAACCUAAAAAAGCCAAAUGAACUUGAAUUGUUUUCUGCCAAUAAUGUGCACAAUACAGUACUGACUGACUACUGUCCAACUGACUCCUGGUGUGUGUGUCCUGCAGUGUCUUGUCCUAUGUUGAAGGUGUGGUCCUACUUUCACAAUGUUAUUGUUGAAGAUGUGGAUGAGCUUGACAAAGAACCCGAUGAAGCUCAUGAUGGCAAACCCAAUCACUGUCGCCAUGGCAAUCUUCUGGAAUUCUAGAACAGAGAUCAAGAGAGAUGGUACAAUAAUAUUCUCUCGUCAUGACAUUUUACAGACCUACAAUUCCAGAGAACUCCACAAGAACCUUCUUGAUCGAUGUGGUUCCAAAUCAACGUUUCUUUCUGAGAAAGAUGGAACUUUUGUCAGCAAGGCAAUGAUGACUGUUUUACAGGAGUUUUAUUGAAUCUGUAUUGAUGUUUUCGACGGUGGCCUGGUUUGGCAAUCUUAAUGUUUGUAACAAAAACAGGCUAGACAGUGGUAGAGGUGGCCAGCAAGGUCAUCGGGGUGCAGCAGACACAGCUCUUAGAAAUGUUUAGGAAGUAAGUGAUGAGGAGAGCUAACAGUAUCCUAGACUGUCCUAAUCACCCGGGCAUUGACGAUUUUGAGCUCGUCCCUUCAGGUCAUUGUUUUCAACUUCCCAAUUUCAAGAGCAAUAGAUCCAAGAACUCAUCCCACAGGCCAUAAACUUUCUAAAUCUACACAUGAAAAUAAAUCAUGCAUAUUUAUUGAUGCACGUUUGCACAAUGACUGCGCCUUUUAUUGAUCGUACACUCUAACCAAUCGCAUGAUGUAUAUCUGUUGUAUGGUUGUCACUGUUUUUAAAUGUUGUCUUUAUUGUUGAACCCUGACUGCACAACACAUUUCCCAAUUGGGACAAUAAAGACAUUGGAUUGUUUGAUUGAA